AUGGACUCUGCUGCUCAUGCUGCUGCCGCCCCUGGCCCAGCCCUGGCCCUUGCACAAGCCCCCCUGGCACUCCCUGGCUUGUGUAGCUCAAUGCCCCUCCUUUCCUCUGGACAAGAAGUGAAUGGGAGCGAAAGAGGAGCUUGUCAUUGGAGGCCUUGGCUGUCCUCCACAAAUGACCCUCCAAGGCAGGUGAGGAAGCUGGUGGAUUUGGCCACUGGUGGAGCAAUAGCUGCUGAGGUCACCAAAGCUAACUCCGAGUUCCAUCACCCUGUCAGGCUCUUCUGGCCUAAGUCCCGCUCCUUUGAUUACCUGUACAGUGCUGGGGAGAUUUUACUGCGUAACUUCCCUGUCCAGGCAACCAUCAACCUCUAUGAGGACUCAGACAGUGAAGAGGAGGAGGAGGAAGAGAGGGAGGAGGAAGAGGAAGAGGAGAAAGAAGAGGCAGAUAACAAGGGGUCAGAAGGAUGUGUGAGGGUACCAGGGUCUACUCCAUACAUGGCCACAGCUCAUCCCCCUUCCCUGCCCCUGACCUGUCCAAACUGAAGCAACCAGAGUGUGAUUGAGGUUCAGCAUGCCUGGCAAGUUUCCAUGGGCAUCGAUCAGCCAGGAGUCUCCAGACACAGCUUUCUGCACUGAAACUGGAUCCUCAAGCUGCCCAGCUCACCCUGGCUCCCCUGACUGGCCUGUGAGCCCAGGUCUCUGGCAUCGCACUGUCUGGGCUGCUGUUGUGUUGACAGUGGGAGGGCCCCAGGAGCUGCUAGAGGAAGGAAGACCUGCUUUCUGAUGCCCCCAGGAAGCAGAGCAGGACAGGGAAUGCCCUUGCAGGAGGAAGCAUUCACUCUUCAGGGCCCUUUGACUCCACAGCCUUCCCAGGGGGCCAUGUAGUCCCAUCUCCCCAUGGAAACCCUACCUUCUGAUUUUACCUCCAGAAAUACCAAUACCAGAUGCAACAAAAGCUGGGGUGCCCUUCUGAUAGGUCUUGCAGGAAGGGAAGGGGACAUCUACAGAAUCAGUCUGCUCUGGGGUCCCCCACCUUUUCGCCUACUGCCCACUGAAGUCAGUGUGUUGGCAUAAGAUGAAUCAGAGGAAAAAUAAA